GACCAACAAACAACAUCAUACAAGAAACUAAAUUCACCAGUUCUCUCAUUAAUCAUCUCUCCCUAACCUCAAUACUGGUGUAAACUAGAUGGGUCGCUCAAUAUCAAAUUAUCAACUCAAAUCCCUCUUGUUUUUUCUCUUAUUUUCUCUGGUUCUUUGCUUAUCAUCUUCUCAAGAAUCCCAACCAUUGAUCUGCAACCUUCGUUUUCUUGAACAUCUUGAUUUGUCCAACAACCAAUUCCAUGGUGUCAUCCCAUCUUGUUUGGUAAACUUCAGUGAAAAUUUGUUGGUACUAAAUUUGCAAGGAAACAAUUUCAGUGGAACCAUUCCUCAAACAUUUCGACAAGCGAGCAAGUUGCGAACCCUUGAUGUUAGCAACAAUAAAUUGCAUGGGGAGCUUCCAAGAUCAUUGGCCAAUUGCACAAACCUAGAGAUUUUGAAUGUGGGUCAUAAUUCGAUAGUUGAUGUUUUUCCAUAUUGGUUGGAAAAUCUUCCUCAGUUGAAGAUUCUUGUCAUGAAAGAUAAUGGAUUCCAUGGUCCAAUUGCGGAGCCAAGGAAGAGAUCAGUCUUCACCAAAUUACAUAUCAUUGACGUGUCUCACAAUAAUUUUACAGGUACUUUGCCAUCAAAAUACUUUGAGAAAUGGAAUUCAAUGAUGAAAGCUGAUGAAGAUGCAACUCAAUCGAGGUACAUGGGCGAUAAUGGUGGUUAUUAUUUUGAUUCCAUGACCAUUACUUAUAAAGGACGAGAUAUGGUAUUUGUAAGAAUCCUCACCAUUUUCAAAGCAGUUGAUUUUUCACACAACAAGUUUCAUGGAAAUAUUCCUACAUCAAUUGGAAGACUUAAAGCACUCAUUUUCCUAAAUUUCUCGGGAAAUGGGCUCUCAGGUUUUGAUGUCUCUCAAAACAAUCUAACGGGUCUUAUACCACAAGGCCAACAAUUUGCAACAUUUUCAAACACUUCAUAUGAGGGAAAUCCGGGCUUGUGUGGUUUUCCGUUGUCAAAGAAAUGUGGAGAGAACAAAGUAGUAGAAUCACCAUUUUUACAAUCUCGUAAGUACGAACUUGAUGGCUUUGGUUGGGAAGUAGUGUUCAUGGGAUAUGGAUGUGGAGUAGUGCUUGGUUUGGCGAUUGGAAGUUGCAUGACUCAAAGAAAGGAAGAAUGGAUUGCGAGAAUUUUUAGUGUAAAAAUGCGUCAACAGGGGAAGAAAACAAAGAAGGUAGCUGCAACAUGGAGAAAGAUGACACAUUCAAAGCCAAGUACAAGUUGGUAGAGGUAAAUCUACUGUGUAAUCCAUUAAAUUGUAAUAUAUAUUUAUAUAUAUUUAAGGGUUCUUCAGUUUGUCAUGUUGCUCCAUUGAUGUUGUUGGUUUGUAAGGUUCAAUGGACAAUAUGUGAAAUAAAUAUGUUUUGAAUUUCAAGAUUUUAUUUUAGUUCAAUGGAUAUGAAGAGAGCUAUUUCUUCUGGGCAAA